GUUAUAAAACUAUUUUGUUAUCGUAAUGGGCGAUUCUAACAUAAAACCUAAAAUUAACAGUACUGAUGGUAAGACACCAGUAUUAAAACAAGCAGAACUAGAUUAUAUGAAAAUCAUAGAACAGAAAAACCUUGAGCGGGUUCAAAAAUUACAACAAAUAAGCAAAAGAAAUCGGAUAACUGGUUGCUUGAUUGGCGCUGGUGUUUUGGGUAUCUACUUUUAUUCUAUUAACGCAGUUAAACAAGAGACAUUCUUGGACGAUUUUGAAGAACCAGUAAAGGUACAGCAAUAAUGUCUGUAGUACAUAAAGCCUUGCAAAUUCGCCUUCCUCCUUUGCCUAGUAUCAAAGAUGUCAUUAGAUUGUACAAAUUGCGCGCACUUAGGGAACUGUCACAAAAUUUUCUUUUAGAGCCUCGGUUAAUUGAUAAAAUAGUACGAGCUGCAGGCAACAUUCAGAAUAAUAUAGUGUGUGAAGUGGGACCUGGGCCGGGUGGAAUUACUAGGUCUAUUAUACAACAGGCACCUAGGAAAGUAAUUUUAGUCGAGAAAGAUCCUCGGUUUUUACCGACCUUAGAACUUUUAGGAGAUGCCUGUAAGGAUAAAGUUGAUAUUGAUAUUAUAACUGGUGAUAUCUUACACACAGAUGUCGCACAUUUUAUUCCACCAGAUGUUAAAGUUGGUUGGAACGAUCCUCCUCCCCCUGUUAAUCUGAUCGGUAACUUACCAUUUAGUGUAUCAACAAUACUAAUGAUACGCUGGUUGGAGGCAAUUUCCAGACAAGAAGGUGUUUGGUCAUUUGGUAGAGCGAGGAUGACUUUAACUUUUCAAAAAGAAGUGGCGGAGAGAAUGUCUGCACCCAUCUUACAUAAGCAAAGAUGUAGAUUGUCUGUAAUGUGUCAGAAUUGGUGCAACGUAAAGUAUAAAUUUGAUAUACCCGGCUCCGCUUUUCUACCUAAACCUGAUGUGGAUGUGGGAGUAGUAACUCUAACACCUUUAAAACAACCAGUUAUAAAGUUGCCAUUUAAACUUAUAGAAAAAGUUGUUAGGCAGAUAUUUUCAAUGCGACAAAAGUAUUCAAUAAGAGGUGCACAGACAUUAUUUCCCGAGGAUAUUCGUGAAGAAAUGGCAUUAAAAAUGUAUAAUAUAGCUGACUUAGAUCCUGUGACAAGACCUUAUCAAAUAACCAAUUCAGAGUUUGGUAGAUUGUGUGAGGCUUAUAAGGCUAUUAUAACUGAGCAUCCAGAUUUAGAAAACUAUGAUUAUAGAGCUCCAAAGAAAAAAGUAAUAACUGAAAAUGUAGAUGAAGUAAUAAUGUAAUAUUGUUAUGUAAAAAUUUAGAUUA